AUGGCCACUGCAACACACAUCCAGCUCUCUACAUCGGAUGCCGGUGUGUUCUCUCACAAUCCGAGAGAAGACUCGGCCAAACACACGAGUGAACUCUUGCAAAGGGAUAUGAAGGAGCAUCAUAUCUUCUUCAACGAAAAGAAAUUUCAUAAUCACAUAGUGCACCACCUCCUUACUCUGUUUUCAUUGGGAGCUUCACCCAAAGAAAUACAGGACGCUUAUGACCGAGGAAAUAGCUAUCAGCGAACAGCGUAUCCAGUGGAUAACAAUGUUGUGCAUGCUAUCAUCGAAAAGUCGACUUUCAAGGACUACUUAGGAAAGGAAGAGCAUUAUUCAAAUUUCCUUGCUUUUUUCCAACAAGAGAUCAGCACCAAAGGUGUAGAAGAGACUCUCCGGGAACACGUUUUCGCAGAGGAUGAACAUGCAGACCAAUUAUUAGGCAGACUAUUCUCAGGGUUAAUUCAUCCGAUAAUUCAUCUCGGCUUUGGAAUUGAGUUCAAUCAGCCCGCCAUAAUUGCAGAAGGCCUCGCUGAAGCCGCAGUGCAUGAAGGAUGGAUAAGACCAUUUCUUCAGAGUGCUGAAGACGCAGCAGGAGGGGUUGGAAAUAAGCCUGGAAAGACUCUAACUGAGCUCUUCCAUGAGAUGAGUAAAGACGACGAGAUCUUAUCCAGUGUCCAUUACAGUGAUAGUAGUCAAAUACAAGAUGGGAUUUUCAAACGCGCCCCAGAGAAGAUGAAGCAUUAUGCCAAACAGUACACAGUGUCAGCAGAGACUUUGAACGAACAGAUGAUCGAAAUGGUUAAUGCUAUAGUUUACUGUGCCGCUGCUUCUCAACACCCGCCGAAUGUAGUCAAGUAUGAGUUUAUCCUCAUACACGCCGUGAACUGCUCGAUUUUCUUUUCUGCUAUCCUGGAUCGGCCCUGGAUCAGCACGCGUGCAAAGGUCCGCUUGCUCGAGUGGAUAGGACGCAUGGACCUACUUCUAUAUGCCUCCCGCCAUUGUCCUCCCCUCAAUCUCAACGAAAUAACAAGUUACCCAAUCACUAAAAGCUGGGAUGAGGUCAUUCAUGCUGGUAACGCUCACCAAGGAGACGAUGGACACGUUGUGAAGCUCCUCAGGGCUAUAGCACAUGGCGAAGAAAUUACCAAGCCUCUUGAGAAGCAAGGCAAGGGGAAAGAUUUGAAAAUACACGGUGACGCGUGGCUCAAAGCCGCCAAUAUGGCUAUUGAUUCUACAGCAACAUCAUCGCAUAGGUGGAUCUUUGGGAGCGGUUUUGAAAAGCCAUGGGAAGAUAUUCCACUGCGUGCGCAACUUUGA